GGAGCCCCGGAGCCGGACAGCCGCUCCCGCAGCGCUGAGGGGCGGCCGGGCAGCGCCGUCGCCAUGUCGCUGGGCACCGGGGACCCUGCUUCGGAGACGGGAGAGGACAGUCUGUCGGCGGUCACCUUGGACUCUGACUUUGAGACGAAAACGAAGAAGAGAAGCGUCCACAGACCCCCACCCACGUCACCGAAGUCACCGUACUGCGCUAAGCCGAGAGCGGCGGCAUCCUGGAGGUCCCUGCGGACGGCAGCGAGCUUGCCCCUCGGCAGCAGAACGACCCUCAGCCCGCAGAGGCUGUGGCUGGGCAGUUCAAAGCCAGGAAGUGCGGCCCCGCCCCCGAAGUCAGGCCGCCCCGUGGAGCACGCGUGGACCCGCCCCCCGGGCAGCAGCCCCAGGCACCUGACGGAGGCGCUGAGGGCGAAGCGGCCAGACCUCAGGCGUUCGGCCAGCAAUGGUCACGUCCCGGGGACCCCCGCCUACAGAGAGAAGGAAGACAUGUAUGACGAGAUCAUCGAGCUGAAGAAGUCGUUGCACAUGCAGAAAAGCGACGUGGAUCUGCUGAGGACGAAGCUUCGGCGCCUGGAAGAGGAAAAUGCCAGAAAGGACCGGCAGAUAGAGCAGCUUUUGGAUCCGUCCCGGGGCCCGGACUUCGCUUGGACUCUGGCGGAGAAGAGGCUGGACCCGGGCUGGGUCGUCAGCGGGCUGAGGCAGAGGGUGCUGAAGCUGGAGCAGCAGUGCAAGGACAAGGACGGCACCAUCAGCAAGCUGCAGGCCGACAUGAAGACCACGAACUUGGAGGAGAUGAGGAUCGCCAUGGAGACGUACUACGAAGAGAUCUACCGGCUCCAGGCGCUGCUGGCGAGCUCGGAGACCGCGGGCAGGAAGCCCCCAGGGGAGAAGAAGCCCAGCCUGAGGCGGCAGAGGAAGCUGAGCGGUGCCCUGCUGAGCCUGUCGCGGAGCGUGCAGGAGCUGACCGAGGAGAACCAGAGCCUGAAGGAGGACCUGGACCGCGUGCUCAGCAGCUCGCCCACCGUCUGCCGCAGGGAGGGCUACGCAGAGUGGAGCAAGGCCCGGCUGCUGAGACGGGUCGCCGAGCUGGAGAAGGUGAUACGCGCGACAGCAGCCCCGAAGCCCCCGGCUGCAGACACGGGCUGGUCGGACCCCCGGGCGCUCUCCACGCCCAGCUCCUCGGCACCCCCGCCGCCCGCGCCAGGGCCCUGCGAGGACAGCGAGCGUCUCCGCGGCGCCGUGAGGAGCCUGCAGGGCGAGCGGGAGGCGCUGCAAGCCCAGCUGCAGGAACGAGACCGGGAAGUGACGCAGCUGCUGCAGGCGAAGGCCGACUUGGAGAAGGAGCUGGAAGACCUGCGGGAAGGAGAGAAGGCGAGGACGGGGAGAGAGGAGGCCCUGAGAGAGGAAGUUCAAGCCCUGACCAAGAAGUUUCACGACCUGGAAGUGGCUAAGAAGACAGAAGAAGGCGGCCCCACGGAACUGACCCCCAAGGCCCAGCAGCAGCCCCGGCCUCCCCAACCCGCCAGCAGCCCCUCCCCUGGGCACUCGGGGCCGGAAGCCAGUGAGGAGGGCUCGCCCCAGCCCCCCUGCGCCUGCGUGGAGCGGCGGAGGCACGCGGCGGCCCGCACCCUGCAGGCCCGCUGGAAGGCUUACAGGCGCCAGAAGGAAGAGGCCGCACUGCAUGAGGCGGCCACUGUGCUUCAGGCGGCUUUCAGGGGUCACCUGGCACGGGCAGAGCUGUUACCGAGCAAAGCGGGUGGUUCGGAAUCUCCCAGCGCGCCCGGCCGCCCCCGCCAGAACUCUCCUGCCCCCGGCGCGCCGAGCCCCGCUGUCCCAGCCGAGGGCGACGCAGGGCCGGAGGCGGCCGUCACCCUCAUCCAGUCCGUCCUCCGGGCACACCUGGCGCGGGUCGGGCACAGUCCAAGGACAGGCACUGCGGCUUCUGCGAGGAGGACGUCCGCUUCAGCGACGUGCAGCGCGCCCUCCUGUCCCGCCCCCCCCGUGGCUCCUGACGGUCAGGACGACAGCGACGUGAGCCGUGGGGACGCCGUGGAGGGACCAGCUCCCAAGGCUGGAGGGCCGAGGCCAUGGGGGCCCGGCGCACUGGCAGCCCCGCGGCCCUGCCCUGCUGAGCCGCUUCCCGCGGGGCAGCAGCCCCCGGCGCCCCCGCGCGCCGAUGACGUCUGCUCUGACGACUCCGACGAAGUUGUCGUGGCUCCGCGUCCCACCGCAAAGGACGCCGCCGGCCUGCCCCAAGCCGUGGGGCCCUAUGGGUGCGUCUCCCACUGCGAGGCGCUGUCCGGGGAGGGGUAGGCUGGGAGCACUGGCCCGUUGGGGGAAGGGAGUGCCUGCUCCACGCCACAGCCGCUCCAGCGCUCUGCCGCCCGCUCACUUGGUGUGGGAGGAACCCCAGUGCCUCGGCCUCGUCUUAGGGGAGUGCCAGCGGUCGCUCCAGGCCCUGGUCUCCUGCGCGGGACACGUCGCUGGACUCAGGGGCAGCCAGGGAGCCCCGAAGAGACCCUUCUCUCGCGGCAGCUGACAGCUGCCUGGCCCUUGACCCGGAAAACAACUGGGCUGGGCCUAGUCUGUCCGACUCGGGCCCGUGGACUGCCCGCUCACACUCCCUUCUUCCCUGUUUGCCCCACUGGACGGCCUGGGAACCUGGCUGACCUGGUGGCUGCCCCGUGCCUGUGUCAUCCUCUGGGUCUGCCCCUGGCAGCCUGGCCCAUCCCGCGCAGGGCGCCAGGUUCAGAGCUGAAGGCCCGGGGGAGCCAGCCGGCCAGGGAAGCGCUGGGCUGCAGACCCGCCUCCCGCGCCCCGUCCAGGACCCGGCGGGUCUGCGCUUCUGUCCACUCGAGCGGCCCCAGGCAGCGCGUCCUGAGGACACGGCAGCUCUGCACGCCCUCCAGGCUGACCCGGGGGCGCUGGCCACAGGCCACACAGAGAAGAGCGACACGAGCCGUGGACUCGAGUUUUCCUGGAAGGCGCCCUGGGCCGUGGAGGUGCGAACGCCAGCCGCGCCCUGGGGUCUCCUGGGGCCCAGGCGGCUGGUCUAUUAAACACAAAGUCUGGGCAC